AUGGAUAUUCAGGACGUAUUUGAAGACCUCAUGAUUUCAUCUUCCAGUUAUCCGACCGAAGUUGUCGACUUGACUAAUAGUGACACAGACACAAAACCUCUAUCACCAGCUGCUGUUCGGCGCCUUUCCAGAGAAAAGAAUAAAAGCACUCCAAAGACACUUGAUGAAAUCAACAGCUGUUCCAAAGAUAUGGGGGGAAAUGAUGUCCCUGAUGACGAAGAUUUUGAUAUCGAGGAUGAAAGCAUCAUGGAACGCCUGAUUGGUCUCUUAGAAAUGUUUCCAGAGCCAGUACGUCGCGGUUUUUCUUCUGCCUACAGUGCAGCCUCAGAAGGAAUUGUAUCGGGCUAUUCUCUCAGCAGAUCAGUGACUUGGUUUUUAGUGAGCACAGCUACCAUAUGUUUCCUCCCACUUAUCCUGGAGCUAGAACGAGUUCAAACUGAAGAGCAAGAAGCAGUACAACAACGUGCAAUGAUGCUUGGUCCUAGGGCUGCAGGUGGUAGUUCUGGCCUGGCUGGAUUUUCAGCAGCAGUUCCUCAUCUUACUCACAUAGAACCCAAGUAG